UAUUUAUUGUGUCUAUCUUCCCCGCAUCGGGUUCAGACGAAUAAAGAGCUUUGAUCAAUUAAAUACCUUUCAAAAUAUUUAAUAAAAUGCGGAAAUUAGACUUAAUAGGUGUAUUAUUCACAGUAUUUUUUACAGUGCGGGCGGAGUCUAUCAACAGACAGAAUCCCGGAUCCGUGGCUGUAAUCGGGGGCGGUAUUGCUGGUCUAAAAGCUGCGUCCAUGUUACACGCGGCCGGCUAUAAUGUCACUCUUCUCGAAGCCAGUGACCGCAUUGGGGGACGAACCCACACGAUCUGGUUCGGAAAUGAGAGCUACACCGAACUCGGGGCAGAAUGGGUGCAUGGAGAGAGAAAUAAUAGCAUUUUUCAGUUAAUGAAUCCUCUCGGAGUUCUUCAACCUAGGGGACAACUAAGAGAGUUUGGAACGGACUACGGUCUCCCGUCGGGGGUGUGGUUGCAGUCCAACCUGACCUCCAAUAUGCGCGAAUACCUGAACUAUACCUGGUUUGAUCCGGAAGAUUGGCGGGAAGAGGUUCAUAUCAAUGUCAGUCAAGGCGUUUGGGCGCGUUACGUACUCGAAAGAUUUAAUCGGACUUAUCACAUCACCGAUGAUCCCGAGAUGUUCGAAGCUAUUUAUGAUUGGGCACACCGAACAAGUAACGCGGAGGAAUCUGCGACGAGUUGGUUCGACGUUUCGGGGAACGAUUGGGGAGAUCGGUACAUUUGGCUUUACGGUGAACCCGAUGUCCGGUGGAAGCCGCCAUAUUCUUAUCAUACGUUGGCCCAAUUUAUUCUGAGUGGAAGUAUUAGCGAGGAUGGAAAUUUCACCUUGCCAGAUUAUAUCAAAUUGAACCAGAAAGUUGAGAGUAUUCAAUACUCAACAAAUGGCCAGACGGUGAAUGUUUCUACUCAAGACGAGACAUAUUCUGUGGAUCACGUAAUUUUUACUGGGUCAUUAGGAGUACUCAAGGCUAAUCAUGCAACCUUAUUUACACCACCACUAUCAACCAGGAAACAAUUAGCAAUAAAUAACAUUGGUUUCGGAUCGGUUAUAAAAAUCGCGAUAGAAUUCGCCGAACCCUGGUGGACGCCAACCUUCGAAGGACUAUUCCCAGUUUGGAAUGACAUCGACUACAGCAACGAGACCCUCCACUACUGGCGCCUUGACCUCACUGAUGCCGAACUUGCCACGGAAUAUGACGGAAUUCCACUCUGGGUCCGUGCCAUAUUAACCCUAUUCAACGUCGACUCUGGAUCAGCGCCAAACGUUUUGCGAGCUUGGGUGGCGGGAAACCCAGCCAGAUUUUUGGAUCGUCAAAACAGCUCUUACAUUCAGACCCACGUGGUGAAUGCAAUGCGCCAAUUCCUGUCGUCCCAGUUUCCAAACAUCACGGAACCCAUAAACCUUUACAAAUCAAAUUGGGGAGAGGAUUCCAAUUUUGGCGGGACAUAUAGUUAUCGCAGGGUUGAAAGUGAUGCCGAAAAUGUAUGGGCGGCUGACCUAGGAACACCCAUUUUGAACCUGGCGACAAAUAAGCCGUUGGUUUGUUUCGCCGGAGAAGCCACCCAUCCGCACUAUUAUUCCACAGUGCAUGGAGCUUACGACUCUGCUGUGAGGGAGGUAGAUCGUAUCGUUGCAUGGGGCAAGAUGGACUAAAAUGAACGCUGAAAACUUGAUGUUUCCCUUUUGGCCGUCUUUCCUGUGUUUUUUCUUAAACUAAAUAAGAUUGUAAAUCAUCCACAAAUAGAGGUUUUAUUCAUUAAAGUAUAAAUUGUAUUCGCAAAGUAUUUACCUAUCCAUAUUAAAUUUUACACUUAAAAUAACUAGCGCUUCACCACAAAUACAAAUAUACACGCAUACAUGUUUGUACUUAUCUGUGAUGUUGAAAUAAACUCUGAAAAUAUUGUGCCAUAUGCCAAAUCAAAGAA